GGGACAAGCCCAGGUUCCGGGCCCACAUUAAACCACCCAUCACUGGCCCAGUUUCUCGUCGCUCGCCGCACUGGGUCGCCCCCAGCCGGAGAAAUGCCGCCGCGGAGGCGAGAUCGCCGGCCACCCCGCGGCUCGUCGCCACCGCCCUCCCAUGCAAGGACACCGCCCUCCGCCUCCGCCUCCUCCUCGCGCGUGCGCCUCAUCCUCCUCGCCCCUCUCCUCCUCCUGGUCCUCGUCCUCGCCGCCCUUCGCUUCUCCGGUCGCCUCUCCUGGUCCCCUCCCCUCCCCCGGACGCCAGAGACAACCGCUCUCUCCGUUUACGAGCGCGGCCUCGUCAAGCGCGACGUCUCCGUCCGCGAGAUCCUCUCCGAGCACGCUAGGGUUUCGGACAACCAGUCGCGGCGCCACUUCCCGAACCCCGUCCUCGCCUAUGUGACCCCCUGGAACUCCAAAGGUUAUGACGUGGCAAAGAUAUUCAGCGCAAAGCUUACUCACAUAUCACCAGUGUGGUAUGAUUUGAAGAGUGAUGGGAACAGGCUAGUUCUGGAAGGAGAGCACAAUUUUGAUGCGAUAUGGGUCUCCGAACUUCAAAGCAACGGGUCUCUGGUAGUACCGAGAGUUGUAUUAGAAGCAUUUCCUGCUGUUGUUCUAUUGGAAAAGAAGCAAAAAGCAAAAGCUAUUGAUCUAAUAGUGACUGAAUGCAGGGAUAAGGGCUAUGACGGAAUUGUGCUGGAAUCCUGGUCAAGAUGGGCUGUUUAUGGUGUGCUGGAUGAUCCAGAGCUACGUUACAUGGCACUUCAAUUUGUCAAGCAGCUGGGGGAGGCUUUGCAUUCAAUCAGUUCAAAAUCAAGGAGCCGCCAUUUGGAAUUAAUUUAUGUUAUACCAGCUCCGAGAAUGCAAGAGCUCAAUCAUCAAGAUUUUGGACCAGAGGAUCUCCUGCAGUUGGCUGACUCGUUAGAUGGUUUCUCCCUUAUGACAUAUGACUUCUCAGGGCCUCAAAAUCCUGGUCCGAGUGCACCUCUGAAGUGGCUACAGCAUUCUUUAGCAACACUUCUUGCAGCCAAGGGUUCUUCUCAUAGCCAUUCUCGGAUGAUAUUCCUCGGCAUCAAUUUUUACGGGAAUGAUUUUCUACUUUCUAGAGGCAGCGGCGGUGGUGCUAUCACUGGAAGAGAUUUCGUUCAUUUACUUGAGAAGUAUAAGCCAUCUUUGCAGUGGGAUGAGAAAAGUUUAGAGCAUUUUUUCAUCUAUUCAGAUGAAGGUGUGAAACAUGCUGUAUUUUACCCAACACUGAUGUCUCUUUCUGUACGUUUGGAUGAAGCACGAAAUUGGGGAACAGGCCUUUCAAUUUGGGAGAUUGGCCAAGGUUUGGACUACUUUUUUGAUGUUCUAUAGGAAUUUCUCACUAUGCCUUGUUUUUGGAGGUGUGUCAAUCAAACAACUAAUGCUGUGAAGUAUGAAAUCCAUCUGUAUGACCUUUUGGUACCGAA